AGACCAUGAUUUCUCCAAACCGGGGACACUGAUGGUCCAUUGACAGAGGAAAUUGUAAUUUGAGACCAUCAGAGAUUGUCAAGGGAAUUAACAUAACAGGAAGAAGACAUUUUGGUGUGAUUAUUCUCUCAGAUAUAUAUUUAUUUGUAAUAUACUAACAUUUUAAAGUGCGGAUAAUACCAGACCGUAAACAUGGGAUGUGCUGUUUCGGCCGAUGACAAAGCGGCAGUGGAGAGAUCGAAACAAAUUGACAAAACUCUGCGGCAGGAUCGCGAGAAGGCUGCAAGAGAAGUAAAGCUUCUAUUAUUAGGUGCUGGAGAGUCUGGCAAGAGUACUAUUGUUAAACAGAUGAAAAUUAUCCAUGAGAAAGGCUACUCACAAGAAGAAUGUCUACAGUAUAAGCCAGUUGUGUACAGCAAUGCCAUCCAGUCCAUGAUGGCAAUUAUCAGGGCCAUGGGACAGCUCAAGAUUGAGUUUGGCCACCCAGACAGAGCGGAGGAUGCCCGCCAGCUGUUUGCUUUGACAAACAACACUGACGAGGGAGAGCUCUCUUCUGAAUUGGCGGCUAUCAUGAAGCGACUGUGGAAGGAUUCUGGAGUACAGGAGUGCUUCGGCCGGUCACGGGAGUACCAACUCAACGACUCUGCAGAAUAUUACCUGAACUCCCUAGAGAGAAUAUCACAAUCUGGCUACAUUCCCACAGAACAAGAUGUGCUGAGGACGAGAGUGAAAACAACAGGCAUUGUGGAAACACAUUUCACAUUUAAAGAUCUUCAUUUUAAAAUGUUUGAUGUGGGAGGUCAGAGGUCAGAAAGGAAGAAAUGGAUCCAUUGCUUUGAGGGUGUGACAGCUAUCAUCUUUAUUGUUGCCAUGAGCGAGUAUGAUCUCACAUUGGUGGAGGACCAGGAAAUGAACCGGAUGAUGGAAAGUAUGAAGCUGUUUGAUUCAAUCUGUAAUAAUAAGUGGUUCACUGAUACUUCAAUCAUCCUCUUCCUCAACAAAAAGGACCUUUUUGAAGAGAAAAUUAAGAAGUCUUUCCUCACCAUUUGUUUCCCAGAGUUUCAAGGGGAGAACAACUAUGAACAAGCAGCAACUUAUAUCCAGGUGCAGUUUGAGAAUUUGAACAAACGUAAGGAAACAAAGGAGAUUUACACUCACUUUACCUGUGCCACGGACACCAAUAAUGUCCAGUUUGUGUUUGAUGCAGUCACAGACGUCAUCAUCAAGAACAAUCUCAAAGACUGCGGUCUGUUUUAAAGGAGUUUUUUAAGAGCAGGACAAACAUCAUUCUAACACUCCCUGAGACAGCAGAGAUGUUUUGACCAAACAAGUAUUCCUCAUCAACUAGGCUUCUGCAGAAUGUGCAUAACAGUGGCCACACUGACCUACUUAUGUCAUGGAUUUUGUGACCUAUUUUUUAUAUAAAUGUGAAAUUGACAGAUGUCACGUAGUGUAAAGACAUUGACCUGUGUGUCAUGUUAUGUGCUGUUGAAGGGUAUGUGGAUACCUGUAAUCACAUGGCUGGAGUACGGUUCAGGCCAGGCGCCAGGGCAUUGACACUCUGUCAUUGUAACUAUGUGUUGCUGUGUGUUCAGUAUUUGUAAGAGUUCUGUACUAUCAAAUUAUAAAACAGCAACAAGCCAUAGCAUUGUGAUUGUUCCAACACAGUUUAGUCCCUGAAGACAGAUAUUGUAUUUGCAUGUGUUUUAUAGAUAUCACUAUAUUAAGACUGAAAACAUUCUCCAUUAUGAAACUUCUAAUAUGAGCAUAGAACAUCGUGUUUGUAAAAAUAUGCAGACAUAUUUUUUUUUAAAUAGAUCAAACCGAAAACUGCUGAAUAUUUCCUUUUUGCGAAAAAUGAUCUGAUUUUCUCCUGAAAUUUUUUUUGUAAAGAAUCAACUUCUGAUCAAAGUUCAAUGGUAAACUGACUGUAGAUGCUCAAGAUAAAAAUGCUUUCCAAACAUACAUAUGUAAAAUAUUUUAUUUCAUCAGCAAAAAUUCACCGAUUAUCUUCCUGUUGCUGAAGUGUGGAGAGAACAUGUUAUUUUUAAGGCACAGUCACCAAGUACACAGUACAUGUAGAUAUUGUAAAAGGUUAACAUGUACUUUUGUGUUUUAUUUAAAACAAGCUUUGAAGUAUUGACAUUUACUAGUAUAAUCAUUCAUCUCGAGAUAUUAGAUUAGGAAACAUCCACAGACUGAUGUGGUAUAAUGGCAUUAUCUUAUAUGUCUAUUUACACUGGGUGCUGUUGUUCAAUAUCACUUUGAUAUUUUAUGGAAUUUCUCGUAGUGGUUUUUUAAACUGCUGUGACAGUUAGAUAAAAAUCACAAGUCCCUCUUGUUUUAAUGAUUGAGAAUAUUUCUUUUUAAUGUUUGAUUUUUCAAAAGAACAAUACGAAAGUUUGGAUUAUUUCUAGUUGACUGUGGCAUUUUAUCAAAAUGGUAGAAUUCACCUGUCUAUAAUUGUAAGUAUGAACCAGCACAAUAGCCAGUGGUUGGUGAUCGUGUUCAAUACAGUCUUGCUGGAGUUUAGAGACAAUGACAAGGCUUUUAUUCUGGACCAAUCACAGUCUGUCAUGUAUUUUUGAUAGAGAAAUGUUGCCAGUAUACUGUUGAUUAGUGAUACAAAGAAUGUUACUUACCUAUUGUAGGUGAUAUUCUACCUAUCACAGGUGAUUUACCCAUCACAGGUAAAUUACGAGUUCUAUAUGAUUUAACCAUCUUAGGUAAAUUACUCAUUCUGUAUGAUCUGCCUAUCAAAAGUAAAUUACCCUUUCAUGUUAUUUACCUA